UAUGGUCUCAGCAGCAGCGGCUUAGGGAGUAGUGCUAGACCAGUGUGUAGUGCAGGAACAGGCACGACAUAGCUGAAAACCGCCAGCGGAACAAAUGAAAACGAAAACUACCCUUUCAUUUGGAUUAAUUUACGGGAGGGACACUCAACCGAAGAGGGGAGCUCUUUAAGCGAAAUUGGACCGACUGACGAGGACUGGGACAUUAGCUGCUGUAUGAUAACACCGCCGAAUGGUUUGUGCUGCCCUGCCGCUAAGGUUGCUGCCUAAGAGAAACAGCCGAUAAUGCCCGGCAUCUCCUCUGGAGCCACACCCACUUCCUGCGUGUAGAGGAAGCGGCUGUGCCAGCAUGUCCUCUCACCCCCAGUCUGUACCGCCGGGCCGGAGGACUGUGGACACGCGGCACCUGCCAAACCCCGCCACUCUACCUCUACAGCUGCAGCGGGCACACACGGAAGUGGGACUGGUUGACUACCACUCUCAUCAUGCCAGGGACUACAGCUCUCACCUGGCCCAGCCCCACCGCCGCCGGCCGUCUUUGCUGUCAGAGUUUCAGCCUGGAAAUGAGAGAGGACAAGACCAGCAUAUCCGCUAUGAGCACCUCUACCUGCCAGAGCACAGCAGCCAAUCAGAGGUGGAGUAUGCAGAGAUCAAAAGGCCUCGUUUGGACAUGGGACCAGAGUCUCUGAUGAGGCCUUCAUCUCACCGGCAACAGCUGCCUCUGGGAGGGGCUGAGGAUAUGGCAAAGGAGCGUGGAAGUGCCAUGGGGAAGCUGGAGCCGAUCUCCCCUGUGAGUCCGGUUCAUAUGGACCCUGACUUGGAUCUGGUGCCGGCUCGCUUCUCAAAGGAGGAGCUGAUCCAGAACAUGGACCGCGUGGACAGGGAGAUCACCAUGGUGGAGCAGCAGAUCUGCAAGCUUCGCAAGAAACAGCAACAGCUAGAGGAGGAAGCCGCGAAGCCUCAUGAGCCAGAGCGGCCCAUCUCGCCGCCACCCAGCGAGGCCAAACACCGCAGCCUGGUGCAGAUCAUCUAUGACGAGAACAGGAAAAAGGCAGAAGAGGCUCACAGGAUACUGGAGGGACUGGGACCCCGGGUAGAGCUGCCUCUGUACAAUCAGCCUUCUGACACCAAGCAGUACCAUGAGAACAUCAAAAUAAACCAGGCGAUGAGGAAGAAGCUCAUCUUGUACUUCAAGAGGAGAAAUCAUGCUCGUAAGCAGUGGGAACAGAAGUUUUGCCAGCGCUAUGACCAGCUGAUGGAAGCCUGGGAGAAGAAGGUGGAGCGCAUCGAAAACAACCCGCGGCGCCGAGCCAAGGAGAGCAAGGUGCGGGAGUACUACGAGAAACAGUUCCCAGAGAUUCGCAAGCAAAGGGAGCUGCAGGAGCGCAUGCAGAGCCGUGUUGGGCAGAGAGGAGGUGGGCUGGCCUCGUCUGCAGCUCGCAGUGAACAUGAGGUCUCCGAGAUCAUUGAUGGGAUAUCUGAGCAUGAGAACACAGAGAAGCAAAUGCGACAGCUGGCGGUCAUCCCUCCGAUGCUGUUUGACGCUGAGCAGCAACGCAUCAAGUUCAUCAACAUGAAUGGACUGAUGGACGACCCCAUGAAGGUGUACAAGGACCGUCAGGUUAUGAACAUGUGGAGCGAGCAGGAGAAGGACACUUUUAGAGAGAAGUUCAUCCAGCAUCCCAAAAACUUUGGUCUGAUUGCAUCUUUCCUGGAGAGAAAGACGGUGGCCGAGUGUGUGCUGUUCUACUACCUGACCAAAAAGAAUGAAAACUACAAAAAUAUAGUACGGAGGAACUACAGACGCAGAGGAAGAAGCCAGCACGGCCAGCAGCAGCAACAGCAGCAACAAGUGCAUCGCAGCAGCCAAGAGGACAAAGAGAAGGAGGAGAAGGAGAAGGAGAAGGAGGGAGAGAGGGAUGAGGAGAAAAAUGAAGCCGAAGACAAAGAAGAUGGAAUGAAGGAUGACACCUCUGGAGAAGAUGCAGAGGACAAAGAGCCCGCAGUGGCUUUCAAGGGUCGACGCACAGCCAACAGCCAGGGGCGCCGCAAGGGCCGUAUCACCCGCUCCAUGACCAGUGAAGUAGAGGAGACCACCACACCGCCACUCAGCAAUGAACUCGCCAAUCUGGAGAUGAAUGAGAGCUCUCGCUGGACUGAAGAAGAGAUGGAAACUGCCAAAAAAGGCCUUCUCCAGUAUGGUAGGAAUUGGUCCGCCAUCGCCAAGAUGGUGGGAUCCAAAACCGUGUCACAGUGCAAGAACUUCUACUUCAACUACAAGAAGAGGCAGAAACUGGACGAGAUUCUGCAGCAGCAUAAAAUGAAAUCGGAGAAGGAGCGAAAGGCCCGGCGUAGGGGCAAAUCCUCACAGAAUGAGGAGACCAGUGCUGCGUUUGCAGCAGAGGAGGAGGAAAUGGAGGGUUCAGGAGCAAGCGGCAAUGAAGAAGAGGCCCCUGAAGAUGGAGAAGGUGGAGCCAAUAACAGCUCUGACACAGAGAGCCUGCCUUCGCCACAUUCAUCAGACGACAGCAAGGCUAAGGAGGAAGGCUCGAGCCGGUCAAAGGCCAGCUCCAACAACGGGGACAAAGAUGCCAGUGGGUCGGACAUGGGCCAGGCAGGAGAUGAGAAACCUCCUGUUAAGGAAGACGCAGACUCAGCAAUCAAGCAGGAGAUAAAGACUGAGACAGGGGAGUCCAACAAAGAGCAGCUAACAUCACCGAGUGAUGCCACAGAUAAAAAACCUCCUGCGGCAGAGACGGAGGAUGUUAAAGCAUCUACUAAGAGCUCCAAGAAGGACCAUGGGGCCAAAAAGGACCCCCAUGGAGACAGUGACUCGAGUGCCACUUGCAGUGCUGAUGAAGUGGAGGAGACGGACAACACAGAGAAGAACAGGAUGACAUCUCCUCGGCCUAGCCUGCUGAACUACGCUCACGAUGGAGUCAUAUCCUCGCCGCUGCAGAAGCCCAUGGACCUGAAGCAGCUCAAACAGAGGGCUGCUGCCAUACCACCUAUUAUGCCAGAAGCCUCCGCACAGGGUGGUCAGCGAAGCGGGAGUGGUAAGGCGGUGCUGCCCCCCCACGCACUGGCACUGUACCAGCAGCAGAUCACCAUGGCUCACGGAGAGUCCUCUCAGGAGGUUAAACAGCAGCAACAGCCCUCAGGCCAGCCAGGAAAACCGCAGCCUUACAGCUCGCAGGCAGACAGAGAGAGGGAGGGCCUUCACAGCAGCAGCCCUCGUAUUCGCCCACGUAGCCCUUCAGCCGGCGACAAGGAUGAGCUGGAAGGCAACGAGAGGUGGUUACUGACCCUCCUGCAGGGAUUAAAAAAAUCCAGGGAUUUCUCUCCACACAGCGAAGCUAAGAAGCAGGCGCUGCUCCCUGAUGACCUGAGGACUUCCACCCUGGGUCGGCAAGUUCUCUCCCCCUACCCGAUGUCCCCACGAGACAUGGCCAAGAUUAGUCAUGACCCGCACCUGCUCCACUUUAACUCGUACCAGCAGGCAGGCCACCCCUCUCUGUCCGGCCUGCCACAGGACAGCAGUAGGUUAGCAGCAGUGAGGCCCCUCACCAUGCCAGAGCCCCCACCUCUCAUCUCCUCCUCCAAGCCAGGAGGCUCCAUCACACAGGGCACCCCGGUGCAGUUGCACAGCCCAGCUCAUGGGCUGGACCACGGGAAGAUUCCUCCUACACAGAUGGGGCUGUCGUGGAUGGACCAAAGGAAAGUUGGAGGACCUUUCCCCGUAGUGAAGCAGGAGCAGUUGUCCCCUCGCAGCUCUUCUUCCCAACCAGACAACCUGUCAACCCAGGGGCCGCCUCAUGACAGUGCUGCUGGAAGAGCAUCUAUUCCAGCUGUUCAGGGGGGAAGUAUCACUAAGGGCAUCCCUGGGACCAGAAUGCAUCCAGAUUCCUCAGUGUCCUACAGAGGGGGCUCCAUUACUCAGGGGACGCCGGCUGAUGUGCUGUAUAAGGGAACCAUAACCCGUCUGAUCACAGAGGACAGCGCCAGCCGAGCUGAGAGGGAUCGGGAUGAGGCACCGUCUAAAGGCCAUGUGGUUUACGAAGGCAUCAGUGGACACAUUCUCACAUAUGAACGCUCAGCUUCUCAGACUCCCAAAGAUGAAGGCCGAGGCCCCGGGCAGCCCGGAGAGAUUCUGGGUCUGAAGCGUCCUUACGAUGUCAUGGAGGGAGGAAUCUCUCGAGGUCUGCCUAUGAGGGAUUCACUGUCUGCCACCAACUGUGAGGGUCUGAUCGGUCGAGCCAUGCCUCAUGACAGGGACAGUCCGCACCACGCACCUUACAAGGAUGCUCAUCACAUCCGUGGUUCUAUCUCACAAGGUAUACCUCGUCAUCUGGACCCUCAGGACGGUUACCUGAGGAGGGAGGCUAAACAGAUGAAAAGAGAAGGCUCCCCGCCCCGUGGACCUGGCUCUCUCCCAGACCCGUUGAAGAGCAGAGAGGGCAUGGUACCUACGGUGAAGGAGGCUGGACGCUCCAUCCACCUCAUCCCUAGGGAGGAGCUCAGACAGCCUGGAAAGGAGGGCAUCAUAACACAGGGAACGCCCAUGAAGCAGGAGGCAUCUGGUUCAGGGAAACGUCACGAUGUUCGCUCCAUCAUCGCCAGCUCACCGCGUUCCUACCACAACACCCCAUCUCACCUGGAGAUGCGAUCAGAGAGGGGACGCUACGAAGAGGCUCCUAAAGGGCGUCCCAGUGCUGUCGUCAGUACAGCUAGCCCCAUAGCCCGCUCCUCUCCCCUCACUCUGGGGUCAGAGCAGGGAGGAAAGGCCCAUCACAGCCCAGUGGGCUAUGAUGAGAAAGGCAGCCUGAGGACCCCUUACCCUGGGCCUUCACAUCGGGGCUCCCCUCUGUCUAGGGAGGCAAGCCAAAGGCAGCAUGACAGCUCGAGUAAAAACCCACCCCAAGAACGAAAAGCCACACCAACUCCAAGGGAAAUGGCUGCUACCAAAUCACCACUACAGGGUGUUCCUGAUCAGCAGACCUACGAGCGUCUGCUGCAGGGUCUUGGAGCGGCAGACGUGUACCGUCAAAUCCCCUUAGCAUUCGAUCCUGCAGCAUUACCACGUGGCAUUCCAAUUGACCCAGCGGCCUACUACUUACCUCGCCACCUCGCUCCUAAUCCAGCGUACCCUCAUCCUUACCCCUACCUCAUCCGUGGUUUCCCCGACACGGCGGCCCUGGAGAACCGCCAAACGCUGCUCAACGACUACAUAACCUCCCAGCAGAUGCACCAGUGGCCUGCAGCAGCCGCCAUGGCCGCCCAGCGCUCAGACAUGCUGAGGGGUCUAACUCCGCGAGACCAGCCUCUUCCUCUGCCAUACUCUGCAGCCCCUCGUGGAAUCAUCGAUCUUUCUCAGGUGCCACACUUACCUGUCCUGGUCCCUCCCUCUGCAGGGGCAGCCGGCUCCCCCAUGGACCGUAUCACCUACAUCCCCGGGGGAAGCACCACCUUCCCUGGCAGGCCUUACACCACCUCCCCCAUCUCACCAGUUGGGUCCUCACACAUGAACAAGAUGCCUGGCGCGCCAUCAUCUUCAGAGCGUGAGAGAGAUCGGGAACGGGACAGAGAGAGGGAUCGAGAGCGUGAACGAGACCGGGAGAGAGAGAGGGAGCGCGAGCGAGACCGGGAGAGAGAUCGAGAAAGAGAACGGGAGAGAGAGCGGGAGAGGGAACGGGACCGGGACAGAGAGCGAGAUAGAGACAGAGAGCGUGACAGAGAGAAGGGCGGGUCGAGUGGAAAUGUGGAGCACGCCCCAAUCUGGAGACCAGGCACAGAGCACAGCUUGGCAAGCAGCAGCAGCAGUAGUGUCAGACCCUCCUCCCAGCCAUACAGUCACCAGCACUCCCCUGUGUCCCCGCGCACCCAGGAGAAUGUGCAGCAGAGGCCGAGCGUCCUUCACAACACAGGGUCGAAGAACAUCUCAGUCAGCGAACACUCCAGCUCAUCUGUGUUUCGGUCCAUGUCCUCUGCGCCGGGCCGCUACCAAGGUUACCCUGGUCACCUCCAAAGGACAGGUGUGCCCCCUGAGGCCUACCCACCUUCCAUGGACUCAAGUGUGGCCAAAGAGCAGAGAUGUGAUGGAGUAAAAAACAGAGGAGGUCUACUCAAGCAGAUGCAGGACCAGCACGGGCCUUCUAGCAAAUCUGACCCCAAGCUGUCCAGCCCGAGCCCAGGAGGAAUGUACCCGGGUCCUUAUCCCCCACCUUCCGGCCGGCCACAACACCUGCUGCCCCCACAGUCGGAUAACCCUCCUGGCCGUGGAGAAAGCGGUACUCCUAGUAGGGAAAAGACUCAAAACAAACCGAUGUCCAUUCAGGAACAAGAGCUCCGAGCACUCGCUCAACAGAAGUUGGAGCAGCAGAUGUACCGUCCUCCGUCUGAGGAGAGACUGUCUCCAGGCCAGCAGCCUCCGUCCCCCUGUGUGAAAGGCAGCCAGAGGGUGGUCACCCUGGCACAGCACAUCAGCGAGGUGAUAACUAAAGAUUAUACCAGGCAGAGUCAGCAGCAGCAGAGUUACCACAGUUCUCCUGUCCUGGACCUGACCCGUCCACCCAGUGCCUCCCAAGCCCCGCCCACCUCACAGGAGUCUGCUGCAGGGUCCCGGUAUAUGGAUGGCCUUGGUGGAGAACGUAACAGAGACCGGUCACCUCCACAGCCUAAGUCGUCCCCAGUCAGUGUCUCCAAUGACGGCAUCGAGCCGGUGUCUCCUGCUGGAGCGAACUCUGAAUCUGAAGCCCAGGGAGGAGCCUACCCCAAUGAGCAGGGGGAGCAAGGAAUGGGCUCCCGCUCUCCUCCCAACGCCUCGCAGCCUCCGGCCUUCUUCAGCAAGUUGACUGAAAACACGUCAGCGAUUGUGGCAUCGAAGAAACAAGAGAUGAUCAAGAAGAUGACUGUGGUGGGAAAUGAGGGGGAUUUCAAUCCAGGUCAGCCUGGAACAGAGAUCUUCAAUAUGCCAGCGUCUACAACUGCAGGACCUGUCAGUGUCCGCUGCCACCCAACACCAGAGACCCCCGGUAACUCGAUCGGCCUGGAGGCCAUCAUAAGGAAAGCCUUAAUGGGCAAAUACGAUGAUCAGUCUGAGGAACGUCCUCCAUCCAAUGCUGCUAACAUGAUGAGCUCCAGUUUGUCUUCUAACAUGUCUGACGGACGUGGGGAAGACUCUUUCUCACAAGGUGGGGGUAAGUCCUCAAAGGGCAGUGGGCGCUCCAACGGGAGGAAGGCCAAAUCUCCAGGACCGGGUCUGUCUGGAGGGGAAAGACCAUCCUCUGUGUCCUCAGUCCACUCUGAGGGAGACUGCAACAGACGAACUCCUCUCACCAACCGCGUGUGGGAGGAUCGGCCUUCAUCCACAGGUUCAACCCCAACUCCUUUUCCAUGUAACCCAUUGAUAAUGCGUUUCCCCAGCGGCACAGUGUCGGCUCCCUCCCCCUCCUCCGGGCAGCCGAUGGGCCAAGCCCCCGCGUUAGCACCAGGACAGGGCAGGACCUGGGAGGAGGAGCCUAAGCCUCUGCUCAUGUCUCAGUACGAGACUUUGUCUGACAGCGAGUGACCCAGAAAUCUACCGUAACACAGGACCAGCGCUAGCAUUCGAUCCACUCUGUGCUGCUGCAGCCACACAAACACACCUGCUGGCACCUGUACGCCUCUCUGCACCAUUCCUCUCUACAUUUCCUCCGUCAGUCGUUGAAUAAGGAUCAUGCCAACAACAUCGAGCUGGAACACUGCUGCUCUGUGUGUUUGUGUUAGCAAUUAUGCAUUCACUCCAGGACUACUCUAAAGGACGAAUCACUUCUUUUUUUUUUUAACUUUACUACUUUUCCUCACUGGCCUUAUCAAUAAAGACACAUGGAGCUGCACCUUUGGGUGUAGUGCCCUGAUGUGCUGGCACGUUGGUCUGAUCAUGAACGUAACCACGGCCGCUCGAGUCACAGAUUUUGGGUGAGAUCUGACCAACACAGCGGGACACUCAUGUUUCCUCACAGUGGACUCCAGGUGCGGGCGGCCUGUGCGCCACUACCACCAAGAAUACGAGCGAGGGGAUGAGAGGAGAAUCAACAUCCUGUUUCCUUCUUUUGGUUCUUUCUUUUGAAUUCAGUCCAGUCCUGUGUUUGGAACGUGAGCUGAGACCUGUCGUACAUUUUGAUGGUGAACUUUUGAUGGUGUCAUUUGUUGUCUAUUAUCUGCAAUGAUGUAUCUUUUUUGGGGGUCGAGGCGGGGGCAAAGAUUGUAAUGCGGGAGGGUCAUAUCAUUGGUUUACAGGGUACACAUGCUGUUCAUACUGAUGUCAUAUAUUAGGGGAGGGAGGGGUCCUGAGGAACAGCGAAGGCCUGUUGAAUCAGGCGUCCACGUGGGGAGAGAUGAUUUGCCAGAUGGAUGGCACUGAAACAAGUGACACUUUCUCACUGUUUUUAUAUUAACCAUGUCUGUGUUUGUUCAAAUCGUUUGGAUAUUGAGCACUUAGUCGUCAGUCUGUUCACGAUGGCAUUUUUAAGACUGCAUUUCCUGUGACAGGUGAAAAAUGGACUCAAGAAUGGAAAUCUCACCAUGGAGGUGUCCUUUAACACCUAUCUGUCUAUUUUUGGUCUUCAUCACUCCCACACUCAAAGUGACAAUCACAUCUUAGUGACAACUUAGCCGCUUCGAGCAGGUGCACACCAACCUUAAAGCUGCUUACAGACAAACUCUGCAGCAUCACUCGGGGUUUGCAACUAAAUAGGUGACAUAAAAAAAGCCAUCUUUCUAUAACCUUUGGUCCAUGGCGGUGUCGGCUUCAGCUAAGCCGCUACAAUCCCAUCUGGGAGCUGUUGUGACGGUCAGACUUUAACCUUUUACUGCCUAAAAGAGGAGCCAAGACCCUGACUCCUCAUCCAGGCAAAUUUUUGUACAGUUAUGAGAUAUUCCUAGUGUUAAGUGCCAUUUAUUUUACAUAUACAGAACUGAAGUUAUCAAGUGACGCACAAAUUUUUUUCUUUUAGCCCCCCAUGACAGGGUGACGACUCUCCACGCAGGGAAAUCUAAAACAAGCAAACAAACGUCCUCUUUUAAAUGUGCAUUUUUUUCUUUGUGUCCAUCACAGCCUUAGCUUUUAAUAUCUUCACUCUUGAAAUUUAUCUUUAAAGCAAACUUUAACUUUAUCAGAGUAACUCCAACCAGGGCCUGCAACUGUUUUCUCCUCACAGUAAGACAUUUGAUUUGUUUUUCCAAUCACAUCCCACGUUUUCUUCAGGUUAGAUGAGGGUAAGGGGAACUCUCAUUUGUUUUGUUAUUUUACAUGUUUUCACAGUUCACUGCAGUGUUUUUAACAUCCUCCUCUUUAUUGAUGUUGCAAAAUAGCUCACAACUUCUGUUCAAAAGUCUAAAACGAUGCUGGUGAAGAUGUCGAGGGUUCAAGAAAGAUGAACCUCUCUCAUCUGUCUGUUUGGUCACAACAAACAUGACUGUUAUAGGACUACCUCCUCUUCCUUCUUCAUCAUACCUGUCUAUCAUAAAGCAUGCCACACCUGAAGAACAUGGUUUUAGGUCUGUUUUUCCCCCGUAGAGAUGGUUUGUUGUUUUAUCCAGCUAAAGCUAAGUACAGACAGGUUUGUCUGUCAGUCUCUCGGCGUGUUUCUCAUUUUUCCACUGAUAAAAUGUAAGAAUGUGACAAUAAAUCAGACUAAGCCAUAUCUAGCUGCUCCCUAAACAAUGACAGACUAAUGCAUUCUUCUUAAAAAAGUAUACUUAAACACAUUUCUACAUGCAUCCUUUUUUUGUGCGUACAGUUUGUUUUGAUUUCAGUCAUGUCCCAAAUCAAAACACAGUUAUUCAAAUUUUCCAAUGUGUUCCCUGGACUGUCCAAACAUGGGUGGGGGUUUGGGUGGGAAGGGUGGGCUGGGAUUGAUAUAAACAGUAAAACAUUGUUCAUCCAUUUUGUGCAUAAUGAUUUUUUUUUAUUAUAACCCACUGUAUAAUAGCAAGGAUUGUAUAUAAAACUGAAGAGAUGUAAAUAUUUAUGUGGCUUGCUUCAAGGUUGGUAUUCUGAUUAAAAAAAGAAAUAUUCACAUGGUUAAAUUCUACAUGCCCACCAGCAAGCUUUGUGGAUAGCAGUGUAAAAAUGAAAACAAAAAAAGACACUGCCUUAAUGUUUAAAUAAAAAGCUUAUUGCCA